GGCCUCUCCUCGUCACUCUUCUUUUUCUUCCGCAAGAUCUUUUUUAUAAUUCUCACUCCCCCCUCGUCAUCACAACAACAGCAGCUGCAGCCACUACGCAAAUACACCAGCCAGUGCGUGUCUGCCCCUGCGAUCUCAGACUACCCCGCCCCCGCACCGCAUCUCCAACACGCUGCUGCACCCUGCACGCGAGCCACCAUGGCUAUCUCCGACCUUACGAUUCUCGUCUCAACGCGGGCGGUGCUGACUCAGGACGAUGAUUCCCUGGUAAUGUCACCCGCGACAAUCACAAUAUCGUCCAAGACUGGAAAGAUUGUCUCUGUGCAGCCUUCCGUAGUGCCCAAGGACCAGUGCCCUGCAGACGCAGUCUAUGUGGACUACUCGCCCAAGCUGCUUCUUCCAGGUCUUGUAGAUGCGCAUGUUCAUCUGAACGAGCCUGGUCGUACGGAAUGGGAAGGCUUCUGGACCGGAACUAGAGCUGCUGCAAGUGGAGGUGUGACGACAGUCAUUGACAUGCCGCUUAAUGCUAUUCCGCCUACAACGACGAUUAAUGGCUUUAAUGAAAAGCUCGCCGCUAGCCGUGGACAAUGCUGGGUGGAUGUUGGUUUCUAUGGAGGAGUUAUUCCUGGAAAUGCUGAUGAGCUGAAGCCUUUGGUGGAAGCUGGUGUUCGUGGUUUCAAGGGCUUUCUAAUCGAAUCUGGUGUUGACGAAUUCCCUGCUGUCAAUGGCAACGAUGUUGCCCUCGCUAUGGAAACGCUCAAAGACUCAACCACAACGCUCAUGUUCCACGCAGAGAUGGUCCCGGCCGAGGGUGCCCCUAAGAUAGACGCCACCAACAGCGACGCAACCGCCUACAAGUCCUUCCUCGACUCACGACCGCCAGUGUUUGAAACCACCGCCAUUGAAGAGAUUCUCUCGCUCGCUCAUAUUGCCCCCAAACUUCCUCUCCACAUUGUCCACUUGUCCGCCACACAAUGUAUCCCACUGCUACGAGCGGCCCGCGAAAAGGGCAUCAACAUCACCGCCGAGACAUGCUUCCACUACUUGGGCCUGAGCGCCGAAGAAAUCGAAGCAGGCGAUACCCGACACAAGUGCUGCCCGCCGAUCCGCGAGGCAAACAACCGCGACAAACUCUGGGCCGAGCUUGUAGCCCCCGACUCGUGCAUCCAGACUGUCGUAUCUGACCAUUCGCCCUGCACACCUGAGCUCAAGCUGCUUCCGCCACACUUGCAGCCCGCCAACGGAUCAGCAACGCCUAACAAGUCUCAAGAAUCCAAGGGCGACUUCCACGGCGCAUGGGGUGGUAUUUCGUCUGUUGGUCUCGGGCUGCCUAUUCUUCACUCGUCUGCCAAGGCGAGGUCUGGCGCCGUUCCUAGUCUGACGGACAUGGUCCGCCUCUGCUGCCAGGCUACAGCGAAACAAGUUGGCUUGUAUCACCGUAAGGGUGCGCUGAAAACGGGCAUGGACGCCGAUGUUUGCGUAUUUGACGAUGCAGAGGUGUGGACGUUUUCACAGGGCGAUAUGCGCUGGAAGAACAAGUGCUCGCCGUGGCAAGGGCACGAGUUUACAGGCCGUGUCAAGGAGACAUGGCUGCGCGGACGCAAAGUGUUUGAGCAUGGUGCCGGCAAUGCAGGCUUUGUCGAAGAGAAGCCAUUUGGUGAGUCCAUUACUGAGAAGCGCACAGCAUAGAUUUAAAAAGAAAUUCAGUUCAAUCCAGUCUUUGGUAUAAACAUAUGCGCCUGCGUCUAUUCUAUACAACUCCUACGUCGCUUAAAUGGCAAAAUACACGCUUUUCAGUUCCGUCCAGUAAUCUGUAGCAUAUCGACUAAAUUCGCGGCCUUGGCCUGAGCUCUUCCACCCACCAAACGGCAUGUCCAUGGCUAGGACAGGUGAUGUGCAAUUGACGCCAACGCUACCGGCCUCGAGUCUCUUGGCUACUCGAAUGGCGCGGCUGAGGUCGCGAGUAAAUACGCUGGCGUAGAGUCCGUACUCGGAGUCGUUAGCGCGAUUUAAGGCGUCAUUCUCUUCUGAGAAGCGGUUGACGAUGAGAACAGGACCAAAGAUUUCUUCCUUGACAAGUCUCGAGUCCUCAGGCACGUCGACAAGGAUUGUUGGCUCGACAUAGUAUCCGGGCGAUGCUUCUCUGUUACCGCCAUGUGCGAUUCUGAUUCCAGACUGUUUGGCCAGAUCGAGGUAGGCAAGCACACGCUCGAAUUGGAGGCGAUCGGCCUGGGGGCCACGCAUAGUGCCUUCGUGCAGAGGGUUUGCGCUGGCGCCCAUGGCUGACAUGGCGCCCUUGACACCCUCGAUAAACGCCUCGGCAAGAGACUCGUGGACAUAGACUCGCGUAAUAGCGUUGCAUACUUGUCCUGAGUUCAUGAGAAUGGACAUUGUGGAUGCAGGAAUGGCUUUUGCCAAGUCGGCAUCCUCAAAGAUGACAAGCGGGCUCUUUCCGCCCAAUUCAAGAGAGACACUCUUGAGAUUCGACUCGGCAGCACAUUUCUGAAUCGCUUUGCCUGUGGCAGUGCUACCUGUAAAUGAGAUCUUGCGGAUCUCCAUGUGGCGUGCUAGUGCUUCACCACACGGUCUGCCAAAGCCGCUCAGAACAUUGAGCACACCAGGAGGAAAGCCUGCCUCGCGGGCACAUCGAGCAGCAACGAGUGAGCUAAGAGGCGACUUUUCACUCGACUUGAGCACUAGUGUGUUUCCAGUAAUCAAGGCCGCCGACACUUUAUAUACCAUCAUCAUAACGGGGGCGUUCCAUGGCGUAAUGGCUGCACAAACACCGUACGGCUGUCUCAGACUGACAUUCAUGAAGCCCGCAGAGUUGAGCGAGCUCUCGCCCGUAAUGUCAAGUGCCUUUGCGGCAAAGAAGCGCACAAUGAUGGGCACCAUGGGCGCCAGACGGUCAGGAUAUGCCGGCUUGCCCAUGGAGAUGGCAUCCAGAUAGGCCAUUUCCUCGGCCGCCGCCUCUAGAGCAUCGGCCCAUUUGUUGAGAAAGUGCGCGCGCUCAGUUGCAUUGCGUUCAGACCAAGCAGGCAGCGCAGCCUUGGCAGCCUGCACAGCGAGCUCGACAUCUUCAACGCCCGCUUCAUACACGGAAGCACUGACGGCUUCUGUAAUCGGGCUGAUUACAUCAAAGCGUUUGCCAGAGACGGACGGGAUGAAUUCAUUGUUGAUGAAGAGCCGCGACUCAAUGGCUUUGGGGGAAGGUUUGGGGAGAAUAACGACGGGCGAGUCUCUCAGAUCUGCAGUUGAGAUGGGCGCCAUAGUGUCUGUGUAUUGCGAAUGGGGGAGUGAAAGGUACAGAGAAGAGCAAACAAACAAGAAGGAGGAAGGACGGGCACCCGGCUACAUAAUCACCCCGGACAGACAGGCAAACACGUCAACCAGCAUCGUUAUAACGACUUUCCACUCGACGCAGCGCAACUAUCGUCUUACACGAGCUUCUCCGCGCCGCCCCAAACUGUCAAUGCCGAAACCAUCUCUUCGGCUUACACACGCACACGCCCCCCGUUCAUUGUUCUCUGUCCAAGGGGGCGUAUUACAUUCGAAAUAUUCUUAUAUCCAGAAAACGUAGGGUUGCCCCAUCUUGCACGCCCCCCUCCCCCCUGCCCUUCAUCCGAUCGUAUUUAUUCGGUUAGCUACGUUGUUAGCACGGAGCCUGGUUGGGGUGGCUGAGAGAUCUCCACUUAGUUAGGAUAAAGGAGGACAAUGAAGGCAAAGCAUGCGACUAGCGGGCGAUCGCCGCCUGCGGUUUCCCUUUUGGUAGGCUGUUUUUUGAUUUUAAUUCCCUUAUCCGGCUCGCCUUUACACGUUGUGGCUUCGGCACGCGAACGCCCGCACACCACCAACCAGUGUACUUGGUGCUGGCGCAGUCUGCUUACGAUUUCGUAAUUUAGCGAGCUCUGAGUGGUUACAGACUACCGGGUUUUAGUCUAUUCAGCCGCAUUAUAUGGCAAUAUUCAGGGUAACUAGUAAAAGAGGGAGUGGCUUGAGGGCGUUCCAGCGAUAGAUUGUUGGUGGUGUGGGAUCUGGGCGGCGGCGCCAAGUGAUGCAGAAUCGACGACAAUCGGGAACGCCGAAACAGGAAACAAGAAAGAAAGGGAGUAAAAUACGAAGAAAGACGGCACAGAAAGAGAGAACGUGUUCUUGCGAACAGACGGUUUAGAGUGGAAUAAUAACGUUUUAAGGUGUGCAGGGGAACGUGGCAACAUUGUGUUGCAGUGCAGCAGCAGGGCGAGACAAGCUUGGAAUCAAAGCACAAGCAGGGAACCACAAGCUAUUCGUGGAUCAGUCAGAAUCUUUCGGACAGUCUCCGGACUAGCAGCUGAAGACGGCCCUGCUCUAUUCUUCCACGGCCUCUUGCCUAAACAAGAAACUGUUGAGCGAUCUCACGUCUUCCAAACGUGCUUCCAUGCACAACAUCUCCAUAUUCCUGCAAGCCCAGGUCUCAGCUAGUGGCAAUUUUACCUUCUUUUGAUCCCCAACAAAGGGUUCAUCGUCAUCUCGAAACCCAGGGCCACCCAAUUGCCGGCGGUAUCUAGUUUGCAAGCCAGCAGUUUCACGUUCUUCUUGCCUUGCAUCAUGUACACACACCCCUCCUAGCGGAAAGACGGAAACUUACUUGACGUUGCAUUGCGUUGUGGUGCGGUGCCAUUGUCACUUUCACAUCCGGCCUAGCGGAGUUUGGCUAGUGUAGAUAUCAAAGCACGGCGUGGAUGCUAGCCAUAGGGACGGCUACGCUCGGAGUUGCACGGAAAAGUGGUCUUUCCAUCGAGAUGGACGACGUAACAGCGGCAGGCAGUGCUACACUGCAUCCUCGGCCCUGCGAUGCACGGCGUGUAAGUAGUAUACGGGGGGAAUACGGCUUGCUGGGCCGGUUCUACUGGAUUUUAUUACACGUCGGAAAUGUAUCUGGGCGGAAAGUACAGGCCAUCGAGGUCAUCGAGAGUAGUCAUCGAGAUAGAGACAGCUAUCAUGGGCGACGGCAUAGAGGACCAGAGACAAGUAGAAACGAAAUGAAGCUGUAUAGCAAUAUAUCAAAA